GAGGCGGCCGCGGGCAGCGGCUGGCGCGGAGCAGCCGGAGUUUGUUCGCUGCCCGUCCUCGUCUCCCUGAUGCUCUGAGCCGGAGUCUCCUCCUCUCCCCGGGCUCGCACCCGGGCUGGAUGCUCCGCUCGCUCCUCGCUUCCCUGCCACUGCCGCCGGCCGCUUCCCGCCGCCCCGCAAGAAAUGGAGCCGUCCGCUGCCCCCCUGGACACCACUCCGGACCCCGCCAUCGUGCAGCCCCCCGGGGCCAACGCGCCGGGAGCCCCCCGGGAGCAGCCGCAGGAGCAGCUGCGGAUCGGGGAGAGCGGGCAGUUCAGCGAGGGGCUGGAGGACAGAGGUUUACUAGAAAGCAGUACAAGGCUAAAACCUCAUGAAGCUCAAAGCUACAGAAAGAAGGCAUUGUGGGUUUCCUGGGUCUCCAUUAUUGUCACACUGGCUCUUGCAGUGGCUGCUUUCACUGUCUCCGUAAUGAGAUACAGUGCAUCAUCCUUUGGAUUUGCUUUUGAUGCCACCCUGGAUGUGUUGUCGUCAGCGAUAGUUCUGUGGCGUUACAGCAACGCAGCCGCUGUGCACUCUGCACACAGGGAGUACAUGGCUUGUGUUAUCUUGGGUGUCAUAUUCCUCCUGUCAUCUAUAUGUAUUGUGAUCAAAGCCAUCCACGAUCUUGCGAAGAGGGUGCUUCCAGAAGUGGAUGAUUUUCUGUAUAGUGUCUCUGUUCUAAGUGGAAUCCUUUGCACUGUCUUGGCAGUAAUCAAAUUUAUGCUGGGAAAGGUCCUUACAAGCAGAGCACUGAUAACUGAUGGUUUCAACUCUCUUGUAGGUGGAAUAAUGGGAUUUUCCAUCCUUCUUAGUGCAGAAGUGUUUAAACACAAUUCUUCUGUCUGGUACCUGGAUGGCAGUAUAGGAGUGUUAAUUGGACUUACAAUAUCUGCCUAUGGAAUCAAGCUGCUCAUCGAUAUGGUGCCCAGGGUGAGGCAAACGCGCCACUACGAGAUGUUCGAGUGACGGUGCCGCCCUCUCCCUGCAAGGACUGUAAAACCACAGCGUCCUACGUCUUGGCAAGUGGUGCCAAUGGUAUUUUCCUGAAUAUGCAGUUUGUUUCCCCGUGGUCUGUUUCUGUUGAAGUUUGUUUGAGUGGGAAAAAUCUCUCUGUAAAUCUGGCAUAUUGUGCACACUGCUUGCGAUUCAGCCAAACAGCAGCGUUUUGGUUUGGUUUUUUUUUCCUUAUUUAUUUCCAGUAUGCUAUUGAUUCCUGUGACAAUAGAAAACAUGCAGUUUGCAGUUUGAACCCAGCUGCCAUGUUGUAUAUUCCAGAGUGAAAGUGUUUUUAAUGGUGUGGUAAGCCUGUGGGUAAAGAAGUGCCAGUUUCAGAUUUGAGUUUUGGAAUUUUUUUUUCCCCCUGGCCUGUAUUUUCCCAAACACAUGCUGUAACAGGAGUACAAUCCUUGCUAACCUCUUCAACUAAGAUUAUCUUACAUAGAGUCUGGACACCAAGAGCUGUGUUGCUUAAAACACUUAAGUAGCUACUUCCACCCUGUUGUUGAAAUAGACACCCAGAAAGAGCAGGUAUAGCCCUUUCUGUGAUCAGAGAGAUACUGCAUUUUAACCCCAAAUUAACUGAAACGAUACCUCUUCAAUUUAAAGUCUAUUUUUUCUUAAUGAGACACUGUUCAUAGCUUUGCAUGGACCAAACAAGCACACAGAGUAUUACUGUACAGACCAAAGCCAAAAGAGUCAUGCAGGGAAGAGGAGCUGCUCAAGGAAUGGGAUUUUCAUCUCCUAUUUUACCAUAUGCAGCUGUACCAGCGUGUGUGACGUUGUGGUUGCUCUGUAGUCUGACAACGGCACAGCAGUGGCUCAAUCUCGUGGUGAGAUACAGAUCUAUUUAUUAGAUUUAGAUUGUCCUGUAAAGUGUUGCUCACUUUCCACCACACAUCUUAUAUAUUACUUAAUAGCAGGUUAAAUGAUCAAAGAAUCUUGAUGUAUAAUCAAUAAAACUGGUAUCUAUUUUAUACAGUAUCUGUAAGUAACAUUUGAAAACUAUUUCCAGAAUGUAUCAUAGAACAAAGUCUUCCUGUAUAGCAGCCUAUUAAACUGGAUUCUCUGGCUAUAGCCAUUUUCUCUUUAUUUUAUGUUUUCCAGGUUGGUUUUCACAACAGAGAAUCAGUAUUUUGCUUCUAUUUAUCACAGGUGAAUAAAAAAUAGGGCAGACCACUGCAGAGCUUGAAACAAGACCAUGGUAACAGAUGUCUUCAGCCAGGCAGUGCUUCCCUGAGGUCCUGCAGGCCAAGGCUCCCAAGCAAGGAAGGACACACGGUGAGACCGAACAGCUGGAGUCUGUUCUGUGCAAACUGCUCCCAGGUUUUUUUGCUACAAAGAUUUACUACCUACAUUUUAGCUAAAUGCAAUGCCCAUAAUCAAUAAAAUAAAAUAGCAAGUCCUGACAAGCAUAAGCACAAACACAGGGCAGUGUGAGGCAGCAAAGUGAGUGUUCCAGCUCUUGCACACUGAGGGGAAGUGUUUUGAGAGCAGCACAAAGUCCCAGCAAAAUGUUUCCAUCUGUGGACUCUCCACCAGCUGGAGUUUGGCUAAACCCAGUUUAAGCAUGUGAGAGUUGAAGUAUUCAGUAUUUAAGCUCCCCCAAAUGAGCUUUCCAAUACAGCUGCAUGGUGUAUUUUUUAUUCCAAGUUCUAAUUUUCAUGGAUUUUUUUUUUCCAUUAUGUGACUGCAACACAGCCCACAUUUAACUCUAGCUGCUCACCAUUUUACAGAUGUCUCUUCAGCUUUUUAGAUGUCAAAGCUGAACAACAAUUAAGGGAAUGAAACAGGAAGGAAAACAUUUCCAAAAAUAAGCAGAACAAGAGCCUGAAUGAGCAGUGUCCUCCACUAAUUCAUUUUGAUGGUAGGAAACAUUUGGAAACUGUGGUAUGUUGAACAGCAACGCAGAACCAACAACAUUUUCACCCGAUUUAGUCCAAGGGGAAGUAUGCCAAGGACCAUAAAAAGGGGCAAGUGAUGAAGGAUAUUCACAUACUUUUCCUCACUGAAACAGCCAUAAAAGGCUCUUGCAGCAGCACUGCACAGUGGAAAAACCACCCUCUGUAGCCAUAAUGCACAGAACUCCCAGUGAAGACACUGGCCAAGUGGAUAAUCCAAACCCACCUCACAGACCCUCUCCCAGCCUGCAGGCAUCUUUUUGACAUCUUUAUGCCCUUGCUUGCCAGGGUGUGUGUCAUUAAUUGGGAGAGGGACAAUACAAGGCAUCUCAAGCUGAAUUUACUGACUUCUGUACUCUUCUCAUUCUACAGUACUCACUUUUGUGUGGCCACAGUAAAAAUAAAAAACCAAAACCUCCACAAAGAAAAAACUUUGAUAAAGGUAAUGCUGGAAAAAAAUGAGCUGUUGCUUCUCUCCAGUGUAGUUGUGCUUUUUUGUUUUUUUUUUAAUACAUAGCAACUGUGCUACAAAUGGGUAUUUUUUUAAUGAUAAAGAGCUGUCUUCAAUUUGGUUGGUUUUUUUUUUUUUUAACUAUUAUUUUUUCCACUGCAUACCACUCCUGCAUUAAUUGCUCUAUUACUCUUGGAUGCCUCCACCAAAACCUCUCCACAUUCCCAGCAGCUGACAACAGAGAGCCCUUCCCUCAGUCUUGGCUGGGGUAGGCAGAAAAGGUCUGUCAGCAGAAUGGGUGCCACUGAAAUACCCUGACAGCUUCCCUGGAGAAGUUUCACUCUGGACAUUUGGAUUUAUUCAGAGCUGCCAAGGUGAUUUCAUGUGGCACCUCUCAAGUGCACUGAAUGCACACCCCAAUGCCACACAGGCCAAAACUUCAUGCCUGAGCCCUUGUUCCACAUGCAAAUGUUUCAUAAGCUCCCAAGCACUCUGUUAAAUUGGAUCCUGCAGGAGAACACUCUAAAGCUGCUAUUUUACCAGCUAUUUUUAUUUAUUUAUUUACCAGAUAUUUUUAUUUAUUUAUUUUAUUUAUUUAUCUAUUUAUUUAUUAAUUUAGUGUAGCUCUAUCUUUCAACUCCACAGUGCAUUGUGCCUGUAAGUCUUGCAGGCCUGAGAGCCACUGUGCAAUUCCAGUCUCACUUUCCCUUUCUCCCAAAUUUACAGUGUGCUGUAAAUUCAAUGUCUGCUGUAAUUGAGCGAGCUAUAAAUUUAUAGGAAAGCAGGAAUUCCUAACUACUGCUGUGACAAAACUGCCUCAUGAAAGAAGGCUUCAUGUAUUCCAUUAUCCAACUCAGGUUUAAAACAAAACAAAGCAAACUGUUCAUUACUCACCUGAUGUUCUUCUGGCUGAGGCAUGGACUGUGCAGAGGUGGGGCAGCAACAGAAACACCCAGCUGCAGAGUUGGAAGAAGCCACACAAAUGCAGUUUGGGAGAAAAUGCAGCUCGUGGCAUUCCCAUUUAAGCACAAAACAAUCAUAAAUCCAAAUCACACAAGAAAAAAGUUUAUUGAAAAAUAAAUUCUCCCUAGUUUUUUUCUACAACAGUGAAAACAAAGCAUUUUUCUAUGCCAUUAAAGUACAGACAUUUACUGUUCUAAAAAAAAAAACAUAAAUCAAAAAAAUCCCAUCCUAUUGAACCCCAGGAACUUGGCAGUAUAUGAACCACUGCGUUCUGUUUGAAUCCAACUGCUUGAACGUAAUAUAGUGGAACACAACCAUUGAAAUAAAACAAAGGAUUAACCUAUUAGGGGAGAAUUCAAACCAAACACCCCAUAGUACCAGCCUAACCCUGAAGUUCUUGUGUACAUUUAAAACCCCUCCUUGACUCCACAUGAUUGUUUGCAAAAAACAAUAUUUUACUUUCAGUGAAUUCAGUAGAGUUUUUUCCCAAUUUACACUGCUACAGGGCUUAUUCAGACUCUGACCCUCUUCACCUAUGAAGAGGGAGACUCCUCCAGGGAAUGCUGCAGACCAGAACCAAAAGAGCUGCCCCAAAUUGCACCCUGGAGAAUCUCUGUGCCUUGGUUAGCUCAGCAAGCUCAGGGGGAUCAAUGUCUCCAAGCCCAAAUUAGCUUUGUAAAUAUUCCCUGAUAUUUUUCUUCUCUUAGAAUCUUCAGGGUGACUUUUCU